AUGAACGAUGAGGCUUCCCGGGGGUUCUGGGCCUGGGGUCUCCCGUUUCGUUUGCCUCGACCCCCGGCCCCGAAUCGAGGAUGGCGCCCAGUGGCUCUGCGCCCGCCCUACCUCGCCGCCCUCGUAUGCCUGAUGUUGACCAUGCUACUGUGCCUGGAAGGGCUGCGGCAGUAUAGCGAUCGCGAAGGGGGUCUGGUCUUCUUCGAUUAUACCGACGAUGUCUCCGCCCUCCAGUCCUUCGCUUAUAAUUAUGUCCCGAUUAUCAUUUCUCUCGUACUGGUUUUGAUUUGGACUGUCACCGACUUCGAUGUGCUUCGCCUGGAGCCGUACUUCCAGUUGUCACGCCCGGAAGGGGCGCCGGCGAGCGUCCUCUUCAUCAACUACAACUUUGGCCAAACCAUUCUGACUCCGAUCAAUGCCCUACGCCGUCGCCACUGGAUUGUCCUGUGGGUCUCGUUCGUGACGCUCUCGAUACGGAUGAUUCUUCCCGCCUUGCAGAGUACGGUGUUUGAGUUGCGCGAAGUGACGGUUGUCAACCAUGGAACUAUGAAGAGUUGGCCCAAUUUAGUUGACUUGAGCACACAGGCGAACUGGAUGUCAGUACAGGCAAACAACACUGUCGACUCGGUGCUGUCUACAGACGAACAACUCCGCCGGUCCCGAUCGGCCCAAUACGCAGUGGCACCCGUCGAAAUCCCGGACACCGACCAAGAGGAAAGUACAACAUGGGCGCUGGAUCAGACUAUUUAUUGGGCGCAAGUGACUUGUGAAAAUGUUCUUGUUGGGGACAGCCUUACUGUGACUAUCGAUGACCCUGACGCGGAAUUUCCAAUCAUCUCAUGGAACGCGAGCGGGAUUGACUUGGACGACUCGGUGGGAUCUGACGAAUGCACCCUCGAUUUUCACUACGACAGUGUCUUCUUUCCUGCCACCGACUACCUCCAAGUGCGUUACUGGGAACCAGUCAUCAGUGAUGCUGCCAAAGAGUCUUUUCCGAACCGAACCCAGGCCUUCACUGCCUCCGGCUGCGAUCCUUAUGACCUCUAUGGCAUGAUCAUCGGCGUGAAUGCGACAAAUUCGACCUCUACAUCAAGCUCGACCCAAUAUGCUACGUCUGGUAUCGCCUUCGCUUGCGACAUUACUUAUCAUAAAGCGGAGGCGCAAGUGAAUAUGCACUCCAACAGCUCCAUCAUGUCUAUCGACGUCGACCGAACCACCACUAGCACGCUUACCGAUACCGAAUUCAGUAUCGAGCACUUUCAAGCCUUGCUUUCCCAGCGCGCCCCGUAUACCAGUGAUAUGCUUUUCAUUCGCGAAAAUGCCACCACAGGAGGACGCACAGUGACUGAGCUACCUGUGAUCAGCCAGGAACUUGGAGAACUUCAGCCCCUUCUGGUGCUUGACACAUCCACCAUCAUGACGGAGGCUGAAUUUGAAUCGAAGAUUGAACGUGAUGUAAAGCAGACCUUUGUGUCGACACUCGGUCGCUUGUUUGAUCCGGACACUAAGCCUACUAUCGUGGCGGCGUCGCGCUUUUCCAACCAGGUCGCCAUCGCUGUUGUCGACUUUGCCGCUGUCUGGUCUGAGCUCAUACUAGUUUCGGCAAUCUUGGCUGCUUUGUACCUUCUUUACAUGUACCGUUCACGGCCAAUCUUCCUUCAAAGUGACCCAGGCUCAAUCGGUGCUAUGUGCAGUAUCACCGCGGAUAUUUUUCACCCAUCCAACAUCCUUGCUGAGCCGGUAGCUGAGUUCCAUCAGUUUUCUACACGCCAACUUCGCCGCAUCUUCAAAAAGGCUAGGUGUUACUGGCGACCAGGCCCUGGUGGCAAUCGGUUGGAGAUACUAGCCGAAGAUGGCUCCCCAGUUCAACUUGAUGCGAAUCUCCAAACUCACGUUGAUCCGAUGCCUCACUUUCUCGUCAUUCCCUUCUUUCUCGUGGAGUUCCUAGCUUUGGCUGGUGUUAUCAUUCUCAUGGGACUGGUUAUCUCUUCUCUUCUCAAGGACGGGCGCUUCCGCCACCUGACGCAGGGCGACUCGAGCUCGUUUCAGGUUGUUCUGUCUUUUCUACCCUCGGUCGUCGCUUCAUCUGUGGGCUCUCUUUGCACCUCUAUCCACCGAAAUCUUAGCGUCCUGGAGCCUUGGGUUCACCUCCAACGUGGGAAUGUGUCCGCCCGGGUCUCCUUGUCCUUGAAUUACUCUUCUCAGAGUCCGUUUGCUAUUUUCUUUAAGGCUGUGCGCGAUAGACAUGUGUUGCUCGGACUGGUUUCUAUCGCAUGUGUUGUCAACAUGGCUCUUACUGUCGUGGCCGGUGGACUUUUCACGCAGCAGAUGACAACGUCUACUCUUGCAACCCAGGAUUUGACUAUGAACUAUAGCCAGUCUAUCUUUUGGCGGACUGACUUUGCUGCUGAAUUCACAGAGUAUGAUCUGAUACAGACCAGCAUCACUAGCGGAGUUCCUAUGCUGCCAUGGACAAGUCCUAACCAAUCCUUUGUCCCCGUCCACGUGAAGAAUCGCGACCCAGAUGUUACUUAUGGGGCAACAACGCUUGGUGUUGGUACCACACUGGAUUGUAAGACGCUCUCAACAGACGCGCUUGUGCAGAAUCAAACCACUGGUCAUCAAUAUUGGCGAUAUGAGUUGUACGAAAACUCUUCUGUGGAGUGCACCGCAGCCAUGCCACCGUUAAAGAGCAAGGAUGAGGGAAUCGCCCUCUCCAUUCAUUUUCUAUCUCCGGAUGGAACUGAUGAUUCUGACAUUUGUCAGACUGCGACUGUCUUGGUGGUUGGCCGGUGGGACUACUUGGCAGACACGCCAAUUACCGACAAUAAUACCAUUGCUUUACAGUGUGAGCCUCAAGCAAAACUACAAGAGUACUCCAUCAGUUUCGAUCAGAAGGGCCAGAUCGCAUGGCACGAACCGGUGGCCAAUACAUCCAUUACGGAUGGAGCUAUGUACGAUAACGCGACUGUGAGUCUCGGGCAGUUCAACAAAGUCUUUGCCGCCAUUCCGAACAGCUUCGUCGGCAAUACCACUAUGCAGAACGGAACAUACAACAUCUCCUCGUAUGACUGGGCUGGUUUCCUCGUGGCCCGUCUUUACCAGCGUGACGAUCCCGACUUUGACUCAUUGAACCCCGACCUUCUAAUGGAUAUGACUCAAACUGUGUUCCAGUGGGUGUACAGCACCUACUUCUCCAUAUGGCGAAACAUUUACCUCGAGCCUCUUGUCGAGCCCAUUCAGGCUACGAAUGCCACUAUCACUAGCAGCACCUGGCGCAUGGUCCCAUCCGCCCCAUCGCUUGCCAUUGCCUUGACCAUCAUUGCAUUUGACACAAUAGUGGUGCUCUUGGUAUUUUGGACCCGACGUGGCCGAUUCCGAGGACCGCGAAUGCCACGAUCCAUUGGAGCUGUCAUUCCUUGGAUUUCUCAUAGCCAGAUGCUUAACGAUUUCGCCGACACUCACACAUGGAGCAGUGCCAAACGACAUGCGCACCUCACGACCUUGAACAAACGUUACGGCUUCCGAAUGUUCAUGGGUGCCGACAACCGCUGGAGGUUCGCGGUGGACCAAGAGCCGGAGACCAAGCCUCCAGAUGCCCCAACUGGUGACUCAGACCCAGAGGCUGACAAAACUACAUCGAUUCAACUACAGGAGAUUCGAAGCCCGCAGAGCCCGACUCAGCUUUGA